UGAACGAUACAGAUGCUAUUCUCAGUUUUUUCGAUGUAUGCUAUUAUCCAUGAUAUGCUAUUUCAGUUGUAGUGCAGUAAUUUGAAAUUAACCAACAAUGUCUAGAGUUAAGAACAUGAGAAAGUUUGUCAACGAGCGACUGACUGCUGCUGCCGAAGAGAUAUUUGGAGUUUUUGAAAAAGCGAUUGUUGAGUACGAAGAAGAGAUCGACCGUCAGCGCAGACUGCUGGACAUCGUUUGGAAACCUGUAAUAAAGUUACACAGGACAGAGCAACAUGUCUCUCAGGAGGAGGAGAAGAAGGGGGAGGAAGAUGAGCAAGAGGAGGUUCUCUGUGAGCAGCAGCAUCUCUGUAUUCAGCAGAGGAGUUCCAGUCUGGACCAAGAGGACCCAGAGCCUCCACAGGUUAAAGAGGAACAGGAGGAACUCUGCACCAGUCAGGAGGGAGAGCAGCUUGAGCUGAAGCAGGAGACUGAGACCUUCAUGUUGACUCCUACUCAUGAGGAAAGGGACCACAGUGAACCAGAACCAACAGUUGACCACCAGCUCCUCUCUUACUUCUCUCAUGUAGCUGAGAUUCCAGAUCAGAUAGGAAGCGAGCAUGAACACUUGGAAUCAACCAGAAAUGCAGAGCCAGAACCAAAGAAUCAACAUCAGCAAAGCAGAAAUUGUUUUAACAACGUACAUGAACCGGAAACGUCAAUUGUCUAUAAUUCUCACAUGGGUAAAAAGGCUUUCCCAUGUGUCUUGUGUAACAAAACGUUUCAGUCCAAGUCACGUUUGAUGAAACAUAUGAUUGUACACACAGGUGAAAUCCCUGAUUCACAUAGGUCUAUAAAAUGUGAACAUUGUGGAAAAGCUUUUAUCUUCAAGUCACGCUUACUCAUGCACAUGAGAACUCAUACAGGUGAGAAACCGUAUUCUUGCAACAUCUGCGGUAAACGAUUCACUCAGAAAUCUUCACUGAAUUCCCAUUCACGAAUUCAUACGGGUGAGAAACGAUAUUCUUGCCAAACAUGUGGGAAACGAUUCGCUCGGCUAUCAAUUUUGAAAUCUCAUAUGAGAAUCCACACGGGUGAAAAGCCACUUACUUGCCUCUUAUGUGGUAAUACGUUCAGAAUUAGGCGUGACCUCUCAGUCCACAUGAGCAGAGACCACAGUGUCAAUGAAUUUGACUCAUCACUGCGCUGAAAAAACCAAAACAACAACCUGAGGAUCAAUAUCCACAGGAGAAACAAUCGGGCUACAUCUCUGCCAGUGUAACACGUUUUAAAUAAUUUUAAGAUGACAAUAUCUUUCUAUCCCUUUAUUGAACUAUAUUACUGGAAUUUCUGUUUGCAAACAUCAUAAUUUACCAAAUGAAGGAGAAGUGUGUUUAUUGGCUUCUUGAACUUUGUUGCAAGAAUGUAUUAUAUGAGUUCAUUGUUAACUCUAAUAUUGAGCCUCAAUUUAUUUGUUGAUGUUCUUUUUAAAAUUGGCUCAACUUCAUACAUGUUUUUUUUUAGGAGACUAGAGAUGAAACACACAUUGUUGAUGAUGUGCUACAUGGGGUUCUACUGUUAUUUGAUCUUGUGUGUAUUAUAACAUUAAAGAUGAGUAUGUGAUGAUUUGAGAAUACCA